CUCUUAACAUUCGCGCACAACAUGGCGAAGAGGCGCCGCGAGACACGACAGCUUUCCCCCGACUAGUGCAGCUCUGUUACAUGUGAAGACAGGGGGACCAAUGCAACGGGGAAAUAUAUGAAAUUGUUGUCGGCCAAAUAGACCCGUGGAGAUUAUUGUGGAUUCCAUUGAAUGAAUGUAGCUAGCGGUACAGCUCGCUUAUUAACCGCACGCCUAUUACCCCUCUGCUGAAAUUCAAAGGCUUUACAUGGCGGUGGAGAAUAUCUGGUUUUUCUGUCUACUUUCGUUGGGGUCUAUCCGUCUAGCCGUUCAAGAGAAGCCUGUGUCAGUGGAGCUGAGUUGUGGGGCGGGACCUGUGCACGUGGUGUUAGACCCAGGGCAGCCUCUCCUGUUGGACUGCCACCUGGGGGCCUCAGAGAACCCGCUGAAUGUCACCUGGCUCCAGGACGGGGUCGCUCUCAUGGACAGUGAGACGGUUCGGACCCUGCCCAACGGCUCCCUGCUGGUUCAGCCCUCCCCACAGGACGGAAAGGUGCCCCUUACGGUGGAGGGAGGGUACAGCUGCCUGAGUGCUAGCCCGUUUGGGACACUGACAAGUCGAACAGUCACCCUCCACCUCGCCAGUCUAUCUCGUUUCCUUCAGGAUCCUGAACCUCAGGUUGUGUCUGUAGGUGGCACUGCCCGCUUUGAGUGCCAUGUGGAUGGCCUGCCCACACCAAGAAUCGUCUGGGAGAAGGACCAGAUCCCUCUGCCUGCCCAGCCCAGGUAUAUAUCUCUCCCAAACGGUGUCCUGCAGAUUUUAGGGGUAACCAAGGACGACGGUGGCUCGUACCGAUGUGUGGCGUCCAACUCUGCCCGCAAACGCUUCAGUCAAGAUGCUCUGCUCACAGUCAGUCCAGGGUCCACGGCCAGUCUCUCUGAGGUGGUGAUCGUGGCCCCCCCCCAGAACACCACGGUAGCCGUGAGUCGACCGGCCGUGAUGGAGUGUUUAGCGCAAGGCCAGCCCAAACCCCUGGUGUCCUGGAGCAGACAAGAUGGAAAACCAAUUGCCACAGAUGUGGUUGUCCUGGAAACCAACUUGGUGAUCCCAGACACCCGUAGUCAUCAUGCUGGUGUGUAUGUGUGCCGUGCUAACAAACCCAAGACCAGGGAGUUUGUUAUAGCUGCCGCUGAGCUUCGUGUCCUGGCUCCUCCGGUGAUACUACAGCCUCCAGAAACUGUGUCGCUCUCUCGGGGGAACACGGCUCGGUUCGUGUGUAACAGCUCCGGGGAGCCUCCGCCAGCCCUGCACUGGCUGAAGAACGGAGAACUGGUCCAGUCCAACGGUCGGGUGAAGACCCAGAGCCCUGGGGUACUGCUCAUUAACCAGCUGGGUCUGGACGAUGCUGGGUACUACCAGUGUAUCGCUGCCAACAGUCUGGGCACAGCCUGUGCCACUGCCAAGCUGUCCGUCAUUGUGAGGGAGGGGCUUCCUAGUGCGCCCCGCCAUCUGUCAGCCACACCUCACUCCAGCACCAUGGCCUUGCUUACCUGGGAACGACCUGAGCACAACAGCGACCAGAUUAUUGGUUUUUCUGUUCAUUACCAGCGUGCUGCGGGUUCUGACAAUAUGGAGUAUCAGUUUGCUGUAAACAAUGAUACUACAGAAUAUCAUGUGAAGGAGCUGCAGCCACACACGGCUUAUACCUUUUAUGUGGUGGCCUACUCACCAAUGGGAGCCAGCCGCCCGUCACUACCCGUUACUGUGGAGAUGCUGGAGGAUGUGCCCAGUGCUCCACCUCAGCUGUCGGUGCUUAUCACGUCUCCCACCGAGAUCAGAGUGAUGUGGCAGCCCCUGUCCUCGCAGCAUAGCCGAGGGGACAUCACACGUUACCGCAUCGACUACUGCACACUGGAACACGCGGAUCGUGUGCACUCUGUGGAGGUAGGGGGUAACGAGACUCAGGUGACACUGAGGGACCUGCAGCCCAAUCAGAUCUAUCAGCUGCGUAUGGCUGCAGGCACACGCGCUGGAUUUGGCCAGCCCUCAGAGUGGACCACACACCACACACCAGACCUCCAAAACCUCAAUAUGGUGCUCUUUGCUCCCACUGAGCUCAAAGUGAGAGCCAAAAUGCAUUCCCUCUAUGUCACAUGGCAGCCCCCGCCCAAUCACACGCAGAUCUCUGGUUACAAACUGGCCUACCGGGAGGUGGAUGGAGAGGAGACGGCCAAUCAGGAAGGCUUUGAGAGGGACAGGGAACGCAGGUUCGAAAGUGAACCAAUCAAACUGCGCAAGAAGAUUAGACAUCAUGAGGUCACUGGCCUAGUUGCUGAUCGUCUGUACGAGGUGAAGGUGUGGGCGUUUAGCAGGCAGACUGAAGGUUAUGCAGCGGUGUGGAGGGGUCGCACAGAGAAGCUCUCUGACCGAGGGGAGAGAGUGAGAGGAGGCCCUCAGGACUACGGUCCCCCGUUGCCUCCCAGCAGUGUCAAAGCCACAGCCAACAGUUCUACCUCCAUCUGGGUGCGCUGGGAGAAGCCCCGUUUUAGUAACGUUCGCAUCAUCAACUACACUGUCCGCUGCAGUCCAGCUGGUGUCAGAAAUGCCUCACUGGUUACUUACUACACCAGCUCCUCUCAGGAGAUCCUGUUGGGGGCACUAAAGCCCUUUACUCGUUAUGAGUUGGCUGUGCAGUCAAACGGAAUGGGAGUGGGUGGGCCUUUCAGCAGCACAGUGGAAGAGUCCACUCUGUCUGACAAGCCCUCCUCUCCCCCAGCAGAGUUACAGUUGAGCGCUUUGGACUGGUCAUCUGUGCUUGUGAGUUGGCGCCCCCCGCUGGAACCCAAUGGGAUCAUCGUUAGUUACAGAAUGCUUUACAGUGGCAACAUCAGCCAACCGGACCAUCUGUGGACCAACCUGUCUCAUGACGGAUCCAUCACUAGUGUGGAGGUUCAGGGACUGAUGAGUGAGACGCGGUACUUUUUUAAGAUGGGUGCCUGCACUGAGGUGGGACUGGGCCCCUUUUCACCCAUCAAGGAUGUGCAUACACCGCCCAAAAAAUACGAGCUUGAUGUUCAUGCUGUCACCGGUAUCAUAGUCGGAGUUUGUCUUGGGCUGCUUUGCAUCCUCCUCUGCAUGUGCGUUAGUUUCCGAAAUGGCAAAGCAAGGGAGGUCUCUGGGGGGCUGGAUUCCAGCUCUCUGGCCCCUCAGAAUCGACGAGGUCCCCGUCCUGUGCCCACGGCUGUGCCAGAGUGUAAAGAUUGCCACGAGCUGGAAACCCUGAUGCCCCCAGGUGCCCAGGACGUUGGCCAGGCAACGGCCGAGCCCACAGAGGAACAGAGCCUCAUGGGUAAUGCUGGGGUGACAGACGACGGCUUAGCGCCAGAGUCUAAGCCUGCCUGGAACGGAUCAGUGAGUCGCAACUGGGCCAACAGGAUAACCAGAUACAGAGACACUGUCACAGAAGACUCCCCGUCUCUCCUUAACAGAGAUCUGGUCACACCACACAAUGACAACAAGACUGAGCCAGAUGGAAGGCUGCACUCCGUCAGCGGUAACCAGGUGGAGGCUGAGGUCAUCGUGCACUCGGAGCUUUCCGACCCCGUCGACCAGUGGCCUCAGAGUGACACAGACGUCUCCAAAGCGCCCCUGUACGGGCAGGAGGAUCCACCCCCCCUAAACAGCCACCCUGCCUGUGCUUCACUCCCACCUGAAGACCUUCACACGAAGCCUCUGGCCCCUCCCAGCCAUAUCAGCGAGGCGCUGUCCAAUCACAGCGGGCCCCUGGAGAAUGGGCCGGCACAGUUGACUGCAGAAACUGGUAGGCAGCAGGGAGGCGGGCUCACGAAUGGGUACCACUCUCCCAAACCUCUCCAGCCUCCUACAGAACCCCUAGAGAACGGGGAGUCCAGACUGUGUCCCAGAGGGAAGGUUCUGCCGUCAGGGCUGCCUCCCUCCCCCUCUUCGUUUGCCAGCUCUGGCCUCGUCCACUCUACCUCAGGAGCGCACAGCUACCUGUGCCCGUAAAACACCUGUGUCCCCACUGCUCUGGAGCCAGAGAGUGACAGAUCGGACUCGUGGAGCCAUAGCACUUAACCUUUGCGUGAAAUUGUGGCCGAAUAAAAAAGAAAGAAAGAAAGAAAGGAAAAAAGAAGAAAAGAAAAAGGAAAGGCCCACCUUUCAGAGAACUCCACCUUCCGCAAAAUGAAACUGGGUCUAAGCUCAGUUUUGUUUGCCCCUUUGUUCUGUGGUUUUAUAAAUGUGUAUAUACAGAAUAUUUUUUUAAACGCUUACAAUCCAGGGGUAUGGAUUUUGUGGGCAUAUCAGGGGUGGUACGUUUUUCAUGACAUUUCCCCGUGCGUAUGAGUACGUGUGUGAGUUUGCGUGCGUAUGCAUGUAUGUACAGUUAUAAUAACAGGACGACUAUACAUAAAAUACUGAGUUUGAUUACUCUGUAAUAGGGUGGGAGCCGUCUGCACUCAGCAUGCGGGAGGUUAUAGAGCUGGGUUCAGUCCUUGCUGUGAGAACAGGGUAGGAGAACUCUCCUGCCUUCUGCUCCCCCUCCUCACUCUCUCUGUCUCUCUUUCUGUCUGUCUCUCUCUCUCUCUCUCUCUCUCUCUCUCUCCCUGUCAUGAUGGGAAUAUAGCCUUUGUUGGCUUUAUAGAAGAGAAGCCUUAGACUCACACUGAGAGAACCAACUGACCGCCUGCCUGCCACUCUCUCCAGCCUCCUACUGUCUCAGGGUUCUCACACACACACACACACACACACACACACACACACACACACACACACACACACAAGCAGUGUUUCUUUUCAACCUUAAAGCAGAUGCAGUCAUUUGCAUUUCUGUAUUCCAUCUCUCUCUCUCUCUCUCUCUCUCUCUCUCUCUCUUUCUCUGCUCCACACACACACACAAAGAUACACACAAUACACUUGUUGAAUUACACACACGACUCACAUUCCCUGACUGGAGCUUGGGGGUCUCAGGUGCCUAAUACUUUAGGUGCAUUUUUAACCUCUGCGUAUUUAUAUAGAUGACCGUAUUCAAUACAGAGUCAGAAUGAAGUAAAUAGAAAACAAAAUGGUGAAAACUGAUGGAAAAAAUAUGAAGGAAAGACCAACAUGUACUUUUAUAAUAGUUUGAAUGAUUUUCUGGGAAGAUGGCCUGUUGAGAUGUCUUAAGUGUAUGUUCUGGAAUGUUCUCUCAGUUCCUCUCCCAGUCAACAACGAACACUACCUCAUUUCUUUACGAAAACGUUUUUGUUUCUGUGAUUUUAUCAGCAUCAUUAUGAAGGCAAUUUUUUAAACCUGGUUUUUAGACCGUCUUGAUUCAUAGCCUUUAAUAUGAGCAGAAUUGACUGCCCUACUCUCUUUGUGUAACGGUCUCCGGAAAUCGUAAGGUGCAUACUGAUUUGUCCUGGCCCAUGAGGUUGAGAUGGUUUGCUUGUUACAUUCUGCUUUUCUUUAUCUUCAAAAAAAAAAAAAAAAAAAAAAAAGAUGUUUUUCAUAGGUUUCAUUCUCUCUCCUUGUCGGCAGUUUGAAAAAUGGUUAAUGAUUACCACACACGUUUUGACCUUAGGUUGCCAGGUCACAGGGGAAUGUCAGUAUGUACCAGUUUGAUACAGAACUGUCUCUGAGGUGACCUCCUCAGUUGCUUAGGAGGGCAACCAUAGGGAUGAGUCAUAGCGGCUGCAUUAGCAACCGAGGCUUAUUUUCAGCAAAACUAUACAUUCUUUCGGCUCCUGUAAAAGAUUCCGUGGCUUCCUUUAUGGUGUGGCUGUCCUCUACUUCUUAGUAUUCACCAAGUCAGUCAGCUUUCUAGUGUUUCCUCAGGUGAUGCUCUCCAGAGACACUUGCUCUGCUGUCUAAACUAGAAAUAGAUGUUCUAGAAACCUGAAAACAUCUUCCGAUUUUGGCCAUAUUCUGUUCAUGUCAGUUUGUCUGGCUGAGUGUGUGCCUCUUCUACAAAGUUGUGUCGACGCACUAGGCUUAUCUGGAAAUGUAAAUAAUAAUUUUUGUUGUAACUACACAAAUUUCUUUUGUAUGUAUUGCUGCUGAGAGCAGAAUAUAUAAA